AUGAGUUAUCAAGGAAGUAAUGCUGGACGGGACAGGAGCGUUUCUCAUCGUGGAAGGGAUGAUAACGAAUAUGCCCCUCUACCCCAUCAUAAUGACAGGGGUAAUGGAAGUAUCGCUGAUUAUAGUAGAACAGUUAAAGAUGUGGGCGAUGGCAGAAUGAGUACUACUUCUGUGCGUGUGAGGACUAGAAAUACAGGACCACCAAUCUCUUAUAAUAAUACUAGAUAUGGUAAUGAUGGUAAUGGUAGAAGCCAAAGCCGUAAUGGAAGUAUACGUGCGCCGUCGGUAGCAUUUGAUGGAGCUGCUCGCCCCGCGUCGCAUAGGAGUGAAAGCAUCAGCGGAGGGGGUGGUAGAUCGUACUCACCUGAAAGACAUCGCCCCUUACAGCGCAAGACUGGAAGUCAUUAUGGAAGUCAACGUGCGCCGUCGGUAUCAUCUGAAAAAACUGCUCGCCCUCCAAUCCCUAGGGCCCGCGGAAGGGAUACUGACCCGCAAGCAUCUGAUAUACAAUCGUAUACUUCUGGGCAACAUAAUGGAUAUACGUCCAGUCAUCAUAAUGACCGGAGAAGUCAGAGAGGCAAGUCCAAAAGCGAAUUGGCAGGGCUAUCGGAGCAGACAGAGAGCCUGAACCUCGGAGAUCCCAAUCACGAUAGAGUUGCAAGGUGGAGUAAGGGAGUAGAAUCCGGGACUGGAGGAGACUCGUCGGAUGAUGAACCCCCAACCGAGUUAAGAUCAGUCAAUAGAGAAGGUUCGAAUGCACCAUCGAGUCUCUACGAAAGAAGCAACUCUGGACGCGAUCGUGAACGUCUUCGGUCAGAUGACAGGUAUAGUCGUUCUGACACUUCCAGGAAAUCGUACAUUCCUCCUCCUCCUGGGUCAUUUGCUGCUGACUUUCCUCCCAAUGACACUCGCUCACAAUCGAACGCUCUUGCUCUUCAACAAUGUCGUGAUGACCAUGCUCCCCGCAAGGCUCGGUCACAUAGACCGUACGAUCAUGAUGGCUAUGCUUCCUCUGAUGCUCCGUCACGGGCACCCCGCAGUCGUCAACCCUAUGUUGCUCCGGCACGUACAUCGCGCAAUCCUCCCCCGCCGCCCCAUCGUGGCACUUAUAUUGAAAGAGCGGACUACAGUCAGAUGUAUGUGACACAUGAGACGCAUGAGACACAUAUCCAUGCCCCUGAUCUGAGUUUUAUGAAUGAGCCAAGUAAAAGCGAAAAAAAGAGAAUAAGAGCACACAAGCUAGAGUUGGAAAGGAUAAGGUACGGGUUGAGAUCGAGUAGGGGUGGAUCGAGAAGUAACGACAGUGAAAGUGACAGUGAAUGGUAGCAUUUAGCGGGAUUGGAGUGAGGGGGGAGCGUGAGUCGGAAUCUGGAAAUGGAAACUGAGAGGAGUAAUUGGAAAUUGGAACUCAAGUAUAGUAUCAUAUCUAUAAGGGUUGGGAAAUCACCUUGGGAAUAUCUCCACAUGGUGGAGUUUUGUGCUAGGAAUUGUGGAGUUCUUGAUAGCGGGUGUUAUAUGGGUUGCGUUUGGCUUCUCUUUGAUAGUAUCUCUCGGUUUAUAGAUUUUGCUUUGGAGAAUUGGAUUUUGUUUUUGUUGUAAACUGGGUGGUAAUUUGGUCGUAAUUAGAUGAACGACAUCAGUAAAUGUAGAUUCUUGGGGUCGGGUAGGAAUUGUUUAUAUUUAUAUG